AGGAACACAGAGUUAGGUUACAACAAAGUCCAUCUUCCAACAUGAAAACCAGUUCUUUCUCCUGUUGUUUUACAGUAACAGAAAAGAAAUUCAUAAAUGAACAUAUUUUCAAGACAUUUGGAGAAACAUCAGAGAUGGUUACCGGCCUCGGAUGUCUGUUAAUGUUCUCUCUUGUGGGCUGGUGGAAGCUAGUGGUCUGCUAAGUUAACACAUCCCUAAUGGUUUUUAUCUCUUAUCAUGAGGUGUUAAAUCCAACAGGGGAUAUUCAGGAGACAAAAGACAGAGAAAAGGUAACAUUAGGUUCUUGAUCUUCAAUGCUCUAACCUCCCUAAAGCAAAGGAAGUUCUCAUUAGCUAAUUAGUGUUUAGAAGGCUCAGUUGUGGUUGAUUCUGGAAACUUUCAUUAGCACCACACACAUUUGUUACUGACCUUGGAGUCAGAGUCUGUGCCAAGGUGAGGAGAGGGGAGGGGACUGCACACAGAAGAGGGACAGGGCCCAGCAAGGCUGGAGAGAGGGAAGGUCCCAAAUCAAUGGUGACUGAGACCACAAAGGUUCAUCCUGCACUAAGUUAUGAUUAUGAUCUAUGGUUGCUCUGCUGAGGGGGUUUGUAGAGAUGGCAAGACAGAGGUUGGCACCUUCUGGGUGCCUUGUCUGGGGUGUCCACUGGCUCAUCAAUUGCUCGGAAUGUGUGACACCCCUUGCCCUUCUCAGCUGAGAAUAUUGCCCCACCACCACCACCAAGCCACUCUCCCACCCCUCAUGCCUGCCUCUGGCUGUGACUCGGAUGCACAGCUGGGGACUGGACACACUGCUAAGCACAGCUGUGUCAUAUCUAAGUCUGACAGGAGAAGAUUCUUCCAAUAGUAGGGAGACAUCUGCCCAUACCCACAGCCACUCUCAGAAAGGACAAUUGCCCCAUUCUGUAAAUGUGACUUAGUCAGUCUCAUAGGUCACAGGUUCACCAACCUGUGGCUGAACUUGCAUCCAGGUUGGAAUCUGGCUGCUUUUUCCUCUCCCUAGGAAGUCAGCACAAGGGACUUUAGACACCCCUCAGAUGGGAUCACCAAGGGGUUCGCUUAGAUCCAGACUUCCUGAUAUAUGACUAGGGCUCCUCAGAGGGAAGGUGGCUGUUCUGGGUGUCCCUUUGCAACAGGAGGAAUUGAAUAAUGAUGGUGGACAGAGCAGAGGGCCCAGAGUCCACCCACCCCUGUGUCAUGAACUAGAGUUGCCCCCAGGGCAUUGCCACAUGAACAGAUGGUGCUAAGGUGGACUUAAGAGAAACAAGGACACAGAAAUUGCACCAUGACUCUCUCAGAACACGUGUCUGCCAUAUUCCAUGGUGGAAACUGAGGGCCAGAAAAGAGCGCCCUGUUCCAGAUACUAGAAGGAGCUGCAUCAGUGGAUGUGCAGUCUGCAUCCCCUGGCCGUGACCAGCCUCUCUUCAGUGUGUGACUGCAGAAGAGAGGCAAGGCUGUUCUGGGUGUUGGGUGGGAAAGGUGCGCAAUCCUGUAUACAGCACCACUGUGUAUUUGAAAAUGCAAGGGCAGAAUCCAGGUAGGGGCAACCUAUGUGUCUAUAUACGCAAAGAAUAUUCUAGAAACUUUGAAGUUACCAUUUUCUUCUCAACGUCAGAAUCAGCUGUGUGACAUUGCAUACAGGACUUUCUCUCUCAGAAUAUCUCUUUUUCGUUUGAUAAGCAGUGUUAGGAUUGGCUGCUCUGCUCAUCCCUACCAGGGCACUGCUCUCCUUGGUAGCUGGAGGAUUGACACACACAUGCCCCAGAGGCCAUGGUAAAGUGGAUACCAGGAAGUCUGAACUUGUUUCUGAUCCCGGAGAUUUUCAGAGAGAAGAAGCCAUGCCCCACAUCCUGGUUCUCAGAACUAUCAAGGACUCGGCGAACAGAUGAUGAAAAUAAUUCAAACUUCUUUUACUUGAACUAAUUAAAAAAUUUCCAACACAGUGCACAUAAACAAAGGCACACCCACAGUUCCCUGUCAGACAUGACUCUACCAAGCUGUGUUUCAACGUUUGUCCCUCAGGUUUCCAAAAGGGUUUGUUGCCUAAUAUUUUAUUUCUGGGUCUGAGUGGCAGAGCACCCCUGGAACUAGAGGACUGAGUGAUGUGAUGACUAGCCUUGGUUGUCAACUUGACUACAUCUGACAUUGUGUUAAAACCCAAAUGUAGGGCACACCUGUGAGGGGGUAUUUGCUUAACUUGAAGUCGGAAGACCCACUCCUAAGCCAGAUCCUUGAGAAGGAAAGACAUGCCUUUAAUACAGAUCUUUUGAGGAGGGAGCCCUGACUCAUAUCUAAGCCACGCCUUCUGCUGGAACCUGUAUAAGGACAUGGAAGAGGAAGUGUUGGAUCUUUGCUGAUUGUCUCAACUAACUAACAAGUCCACUCCUUCUCUGGCAUUAGAGCCUCCCCACUCGGGAUUCCAGCAGACGCUGACGACCAGCUGAGACAUCCAGCCUGUGGACUGAGCAGCUACUGGAGUCUUCAACCUUCCAUUCAUGGGCAGCAUUGUUGGACUAGCUGAACCACAGCCUCCUGGACGCCUGCUGAGAAGUAAGGAAAACUUGCCAGGAUCCCCUGAGUGACACCAAGACCCAGCAGCUGUCAUGGGCUCCCCAGAGAGAACACUCUUCCUUGAGUCUAUGGUUGGGUACCUCCUGGACACAAGGAGCACAGAAGCCCUGCAGCUCCUGCUGACUGAAGAGGAAGCCUGGAAAGAGCUUGUGGCAGGAACCGCCGAUCUCUCCUGUUACAGAGAAGAGGAAAUUUUCUUGCAUGAAGUUCUUAGUGGCAUCAUUGUAGUUCCUGAUGUAGAAAAUGAAGACGAGCUCCAAAAUGACCAGCAGGAGAAGACAGAAAGGGACGAGGAAGAUGCCUUGAGUGAAGCUCUUAGUGAGACCACAGUGGGCAGUGAUGGAGAUGAUGAAGACGAUCUCCAAAGUGACCUGGAGGAGAAGACAAGGUUUUUGGAUGUUUAUCCUCGGGUGAAACUGGAGCUUGAGCAGCUCAUCGGGAAGCUCCACGCCCUUGCAGACAAGAUUGACAAGGUGCACAGGGACUGCACCAUCACACAAGUGGUGGCCAGCUCCACCAGUGCUGUGUCUGGAAUCCUGACAAUCCUUGGCCUCGCUCUGGCACCUGUGACAGCAGGAGUCAGUCUGGGACUUUCAGCCACAGGCUUGGGGCUCGGGGCAGCAGCGGCUGUGACAAGUGUUUCCACAAGCAUUGUGGAAAAGGUCAGCACAGUGUCAGCGGAAGCUGAAGCCAGGCAGCUGGUGCCAACCAACAACGACACAGGGAAGGCCAUUAAAGAAAUUUUGGAGAAGAGUGCCCCCAGGUUUGUUUCUGUAUCUAAGAAUUGCUUCCAAAACCUGGAAGUCAUCAAGAAGAACAUUGAUGCCAUCAAGCUGGCCAAUGCCAGCCCUCGCCUAGCUAAUAAUGCCAAGCGUCUCAUGACAACAGGGACAGUGUCAGCCCGAAAAACAAGACAGGUGCAGAAAGCCUUUGGAGGCACUGCUCUGGCAAUGACCAAAGGAGCCCGGAUCAUGGGUGCAGCCACUGCAGGCCUCUUCCUUGUGAUGGAUGUGGUCAGCCUUGUGAAAGACUCAAAGCAUUUGCACGAGGGUGCGAAGGCAGAGUCUGCGGCAGAGCUGCGGAAGCAGGCUCAGGACCUGGAAGAGAAGUUGCAAGAACUCAUCCAGGUCCAUGACAUCCUGACUCAGUAAUCUCUCCUUAGUGCAGCUCAGAGGACCGAGGGUGGGAGAUGUACUGGACAGAGCCAUGGACACAUGAUAGCUCCUGACUGUGUCCCCUUAACAGCAAUGGUGGUAGUGCCUGCUGGAGGGAGAGGCCACACUGAGAGAAUUGAAUCCAGAACACAAAUGGACAGGCUGUGACCUCCCACUACACUCCAACUUUAGGUCCAACAAUCUCCGACACCCCACAUAAGGACCAAGCUCCCAGGCUGGGGAGCACAUCCAGGUCCUGACUAAGCCACAGCAUGGCUACUCCUCAGUCAUGCCCCCACACUGCUCCUAGCUGAGGCUCACCAUCCUCACAGGCCACCGAGCUGCCAACUUUCCACUGCUUUCUGGUUGUUUGCAUAGAGACUGUAUCCUCCUUCCUAGUACGGCCUAACUCUUGUAUUUUCCCAAGUAUUUCCACAUCUUGCAAUCAGACUCUGGAUGUGAACCCCAUUUCUUUGUUCAUAGUUUGGUCACAGGGAGUGAUGGGGAAACGCUCAGAUGGUAGAAAGGAAAGAGUUCGUGGAACAUCAUCUGUAGGACAGGUUCUUGUCCUACAUGGCAGGUGUGGAUUCUACGAAGAAGGAGAGGUGAUAAGAUAUGGCUGGUGAGUUCUGCUCUCUGCUACCAGACUCAUGGGGAAAUCUCAAGGUUUAAUUCCUACUGAAGUUUAAAAUAUGCUGUGCCGGGCGUUGGUGGUGCACACCUUUAAUCCCAGCACUCGGGAGGCAGAGGCAGGCGGAUCUCUGUGAGUUCGAGACCAGCCUGGACUACCAAGUGAGUUCCAGGACAGCCUCCAAAGCCACAGAGAAACCCUGUCUCGAAAAACAAAAAAAAAAAUAAAAUAAAAUAAAAUAUGCUGUAAUGGAAUGAGAUCUGCUGACAUGCACAGGAAGGCUAUGCCUGAUCAAUAAUAUUUGAAGAAUAAAUUUGUAAACACUGA